AUGUCAGAGUCAUCGUCUGAGUCAUCAUCAUCAUCAUCAUCCUCAGAGGACGAGAUUGCGAAACCAGUGUAUAUCAAGAAGCAAAAGGGUGAGAGUGGGAGUGAGAGUGAAAAUACUUCCCGGCAAGUAUUGCUUUCCCAGUUGGAGCUGAAGGAAAUAAAAGAGACAACUGAGGACGAGUAUGACGUAGAUGAUACCGACGACUUAGAUCCCCAAUUGGAGUAUGACAAUUGGAAACAACGUGAAAAGCAAAGGUUCCUCCGUGAUCAGCAAAUCCUAAGAGAAGCCGAAAUGGAGAAGAAAUCGAAGGAAAAAAAAUCAGAAAAACCCUUUCCCACCAAAUGUCAUUAA